AUGUACAUCCUCUCCAAUAUCAUGGCUGUGUUAUACAUAAUCGUGGCAAUAGUGACCAUCCUGCACCUACACCUGGACGAGGACCACGCAAUAAUCAAGGCCAUCAGUGCACUUAAGCUCAAAUUUGUUGGCCUCAUGAAGGACAUACCGGCCUUCAAGAGCUUAAUGAUCACUGUGGCGCUAAUCAAUGUGAAAAUUAACACCCUCCUGGAAGAGGGGAUAACCAAAGGGAACAUCUUCAAGCCAUACAUGGAAGCACUGAAGCCACUGAACACAGAGUUCGCAGUUUUAUUCACCAUCUUAAUCCUCAUAUUUUUCACGGCGAUAUCUAUUUUGUGCAUAAUACACGGAAUUAUAAACAUGAAGAAUGACAGAAUUUUGAUGGAAAAGGGGAGUAGUGUUUUUGUGGCGAACAAAAUGACGAUGGAGGAAUUCGAAGAUAAGUCGUUCACGUAUAGUGAACUAGCCAAACUGCAUAGCGACAAGGAUUAUAUUUGUUUAAAGAAUAAAAGAGCAGGUGAGGGGAUUGAGUCAUGGAAUUGGCAAAUGAGGAAAAUGAAAAGCGGAAAUCAUGACAGGGAUAUAUGUAGUGACAUCGAACUUUCAGACGGGGAGAAACACUGA